CAUCCUCUUCUCUUCAAUCCGCUUACUCUUUCAAUCAACUUCUUUUCAACAAACACAUUCUAGAAUAACAUGAUCGAUCAUCUCCUGGGACGACCUUCUGCCUCUUGGAAACGCACUCAAGUCGCUCUUGUCCUUCUCUUCUGGGCUUGGCGACUUCGAGCUGGUAAUCCUCGAGGUCCUCCUGGACUACAGCACUUUAAUGAACGUUUGAAACGCUUCACACCUUGGCAAAUCAUCCUCACCGCCUUGACAACUCUCUAUGGAGUUCGUCAUUGGGAUACUUUAUUAGGCCUUCAAGCUCCUGAGCCCUUGGCGCGCUUAUAUUCUCGAGGAUUCUAUCGUGCAUCUUGGAUCAAUACCGCCUUGGAUGCCGGGUUUUCCACUGCUGCCGGUGUCAGGAUCAAGUGGAUGAGGGACGUGCUCAGCCUUCUCUUCAGUGGUUAUUACCUGGUUUAUGCAAACGAAGCCGACGAGAAACUGCGUCAAUACCGCGCGGUGCCAACAGUUGAAAUCUUGCGAGUCACUUGGGAAAAGACAUCUAAUCCAUUCGUCCAAUUUUUCACUCGUAAAAACCGACCCAACAUCUCCAUCCGUCGCAAGUUCAUCCUGCCUCGUCCGUCUGGUUCAAAAUAUACCAAACCUAUCACGUGCUGGCUUUACUUUGCUCGCCCUGAGCUCGACUUGGUUCGCUGUCGAAACCUCAUUAUGGACGUUCCAGGAGGCGGUUUUAUAGCCAUGAGCCCAAUGCAUCACGAGGAUAGGCUGAUAAGAUGGACGAUGAGGACGGGGGUGCCCAUUCUCUCAAUUGAUUACUGUAAAGCCCCGGAGUACCCCUUCCCCUACGCCAUACAUGAAUGCAUGGACGUGUAUCGCUUGGUGCAGGAGACUAAAGGCCGAGUCAUUGGUAUGGGAAGAGACGCAGUGGACGUGAUCCUGACUGGAGAUUCAGCAGGUGCCAAUCUUUCGGCUGCCAUGAUGAUAUCGAUGAUCGAGGCCGCGCCGGACUCGCCUUUCUUCUCCUUACCACCUCCUGUUGGGAUACUCUGGAUGUAUCCAGCUCUGGACUUCAACUUUACGUCUUGGAUGUCCGAAGAAAACUUGCGAGUCUUGCGACAUGAUUCAUCCGUUUCCGAGUUACCUGGUGGUAUACUGGAAGCCAAGAAUCAUUUAGAGCACCAAAGUCCAUUGAGCGUGGUGGCCGAUCGACCGGAUGCAUCUUCCAGCCAGGGGCGACGCAGACACGGACGAAACGAUACUCUACGGAAGAGUUUUGCCAACUUACCUAGCAAGGUGGCUACUUGGACACGUGGACUCACUCCAAAGACAGAACGGCGAAAGUCAGAAGUUGAGCUGCGAAUUUCACAGCCAAAGAGCCCCAGUGAGACCGAGAGCUCCGAAAACGACCCAAUAUCUGCGAUGUCGAGGGGCCAAUCGAUCAGCGAGAGGAUCUUGUACCAUGAAGAAGAAAGUCCCGGUCGCUCAGACUCUGUAGAUAUUGAUGAUGAAAUGGGUGAUCAGCCUGAUGUCGAGGUAAAACCGAAGCCCAAGACUCCAAAGGCUGGCAAGGGCAAGAAAGCAUUUGGAACCAGAUUGACUAUGACUAGUCGAACAGGCUUCUUCAACGACCGUAUCAUCAGUCCCUCCAUGAUGCGCUGCAUGGCAAUCUGUUACAUCGGCCCUCGAAACGCUCCUGAUCUCACCAAAGAUUAUCAUAUCUCGCCAAUCUUUGCACCAGCGAGUGUGCUAGCGCGUUUUCCGCCGGUGUAUCUUGUAUGCGGCGAAAAGGAUCCCUUUGUUGAUGAUACUGUCAUCAUUGCUGGUAAAAUCCGUGAAGCGAAACGAGCACGCAAGAGGGACGCGUUGACCAAAGCCGCCAACAACGCUGGUCAGCUUCGCAAGAGCGCUGCGACGAGGCGUGAUCCCAUACUCGAUGAAGCUGAAGCGGAUUGGGUUCAACUCCGAAUAUUCGAGGGUUGGAGUCAUGGUUUCGCCCAAAUGCUACCUCUUCUGCCUGAAGUCAGCUCAGCGCUCGAUCUUACCGCCGACUUCAUCACUUCUGCUUUCACGAAGCAUGAAGCCAAAAGUCAGGGCGAAUUGAAGCCCCCAAUACCACUGACUUCGGCUUAUAAAUUUGUCUCGGAGCGCAAGACUGAUACCAGCACUGUGGCCGAUGACGAUGCUCUGAGUUUUACGCCCCGUCGACGGCCAAGAGGAGGAUCAGACUCCCGUUCAAACUCGCCUUCUCCUGGAACUUUGGCCGGAGGUUCCGCAAAAGUUGGAAAUAGUGGUCUACGCACCGUCACUCCGACCCCGCCCCCCGGGUUUCGACUUUCAACCGACUCCUCGGCGUCAUCGCCAGAUACAUCAGUCUCUGGCGCGGCUCCGCUUGUUUCCUCGAAGGCCGCAUCUAAAAGCCUGAUUGGGUUCAAUGCAGCGUCGGCUGCAGCGAUUGUCACUCCACCUGUGCUGGUGACACCGACAGUGGAGACCUUGCCAGUCCGUAAGGAAGGCAAGAUCCUCGAUAAUCAUGAAGAUCUCUUCGAUCGUCGUCGAGAAGAGGCUGGUUAUGGUUUACCUGAGAUCGAUACACCUGAAGAACACUUUCGUCCGCUCAGAGAGCUCUCAGUACCUACCUCAGCAAGAGCACGGACGGUCUCAGAUGAAGUCCUUCAGGGUCAAUACGUAGGUGAAGAGGACCUAUUGGAACGUCGACGGUUGCAAACCACUUAUGGACUCACUCAUCCUGAUGAACUGGCUAAAUCUGGUGCUGAUGCGGCCUAAGCAGGAACUUCAAUUUCUUUCUAAUAUUAUUGAUCCAACUGUAUAAAUUCACGUUCUUUCUUAUUAUCUUUACGAUUCAUGCAAGUGUCUUUGUAUUGAAGUUAUGUGCAAUAUGUUUUAGUAUUUGUAAUCUACGUUCGCACUGUAUAUUAUUUCAUUGCCUCUUUUGUAUAAUCCAAAUGUUGUGAUUCUUCUAACUUUUUGUUUCACAACAAUCAAGAAGGUGCUCACUAUCUUCUGGGCUACGAGAUGAUUUUGUCGAAUCUGCAAUGUAAAUCAAUCAAUAAUAACAUC